AUGAAGUCCAGCUUCUCACUGCUCUUCGGUUUCCUGUUGAUUUCCCAUGGCUCCUCUGCAGUCAUCACCGGGGCCUGUGAGAUGGACACUCAGUGCGGCGGGGCCAUGUGCUGUGCAGUCAGCCUGUGGAUCAGGAGCCUGAGGAUGUGCACCCCCAUGGGCCUGGAGGGGGACGACUGCCACCCUGUCAGUCACAAAGUACCGUUCUUUGGCAAAAGGCUUCAUCACACAUGCCCCUGCCUGCCAAACUUGGUAUGCGUAAGAACAACAGAAACCAAAUAUAAAUGCCUGCCACCUUAUAAGUACCAAGACUAUUAUCUUUGA